GCCAGCGCCGCUUCAUUCCGCACCACAGCGCUCCUUCUGUUCUUCUCACCAUCCUCUCGCUCCGUCCGUGCGCCGUGCUCAAGUCGAGCCAGCAGUGUCGCGCUCUCACGCCCAAUCGCGCCCGACUGCGGCCAAGCUGCGCGAAGCGAAGCGGCACGUCUCUGCGCCAGGCAUUGCCGCCUUCCUCACUCGUCGCCUCUGCUCUUCCUCGCUGCCGACUGUGCUCUCGCCGCGGAUAUCUAGCGCUGCUGCGGGUGCACCUACCUCGCCAUGCCCAGUGCUGCCCACCCGGGCGCCACGCCGCUCUACGAGCUGCCGCAGCCCAGCUUUCCGCCCGAGGGCAGCGGCAGUGGGGCGCACGCCGCCAUCAGGGAAGCAUCGCCGGGCCCAGCAUCGCCGCAUAAGCGCCGUUCGGUGCCUGUCGCUGCCGCGAUGGCCGCUGGCUCGAGCCGGGACGGACACGCGCAUGAUGUGCACAUGGGCUGGGAGGGCGGAAAGCGGCCGGCGAGUCCUCACAUCACCACCGCACACCCGCGCGGCUCGCUCUCAGUCUCGCGCCGCGUCGGCUCGCCCGUGACGGUCUUCGACCGCAUGUCGUCGCCGAUCGACGACGAUGAGCUGCACAAGGGACACGCCGGCACCUCGCCGCACGGCUCGUCGCCGUUGCUCGCUAUCCGGCGAGGCUCGACGCCGAGCAUCUACCGGCCGUCGCGGCAGGGCUCGGGCUCGUCCGAGGUGCCCACGCACCCGCUCUCGCACACGACACGCGCCACGUCCGCCUCGCUCUCGAGCAUUAGCUCCUCCGGCGACGGUUCGGCGAGUGGGCAUCAGAGUCUGUCUCUGCCGCUCAGCCCGCCUGUGCGGCCAGCGGCACGGCGCGGAGCCGUGCGGCUGCGUCGCGGCGCUCGCCGCACAAAGCUGCCGCCGACGCCGCUGCCGCAGAAGAUCGCACACGCCUUCUCCUGUGCCGCCCACAUUGUCUCGCACCCGCGCUCCUCGGCGCACGCGCUGCUGCUCGACGUGCGCGGGCGGGCCCGAGCCGCAGACAAGGCGUUCAGAGACGAGCAGGGCAACCGCCUCUGGUGGCCCGAGUGGAUGAAUGCCUACACGCCGCUGCUCAUCUGGCUCGUCGUGAGCCUCUCGAGCACGGCGUGCGUGCUCACUUGGCAUACGCAGGUCUUCCAAGGCCUGCACAAUCUGUCAAAGUACCUGCAAGGGCUUGGCCUGAAGGGCCGCAUCAUUCUCGGCUCGCUCAUCUUCCUCACGACCUUUCCGCCUCUGCCGCUCUACUCGACGCUCAUCGUCCUCGGCGGCUUCUCUUUCGGCUUGCUGCAAGGCUUCAUUGUGGCAUACAUCGCGGCCCUGAGCGGCGCCAUCGUUGUGUUUCUGCUCUCGCGCACGUUCCUCAAGGGCUGGAUGCGCGGCCUGCUCGAGAAGAGCGGCGGGCUCAAGAAGGUCGUGCGAGCCAUUGAGAAGCGCCCGAAGCUGCUGUUCCUCGUGCGGCUCGCUCCGUAUCCGUACAACCUCAUGAACACGCUGCUUGCUUCCUCGCCCACGCUCACGCUCAAGACGUACACGACGUGCACAGCGCUUGCGCUGCCCAAGCUCCUCGUGCACACGGGUAUCGGCACGACGAUCAAGAACUUUGCCGCGUACAACGGCGCCGCCGGCGAGGGCGAGGCGGCGAAGGAGGCGCCGACCGACACGGCACGCACGCUGAAGCGCGUCGCGGGCGUCGUGGGCAUCGGGCUGUGCAUUGGCGUCUUCUUCUACAUCUUCAGCAUCGCGUCCGCGGCCGUGGACGAGCUGGACAGCGACGACGAGGCGUCGGACGGCGAAGAUGAGGACCUGGAGGAGGAGGAGCUGCCGUUCCUGCGGCGCUCUUCGUCUGACUCGCAAGAGGCGCGGCAAGCCGAGAUGCGCCAGGUGCCGCUGCGGCCGCUCUCGCAGGCCGACAUGGCCUCGUCGCUGGCCGAGCGGCGCGCCAAGCGCAACAGCGUGCGCUUCGCGCAGAGCCCCAUGAUCUCGACGCUGGGCGCCGACCGGCCGUACUCGCCCAUGGCGCACGCGUCAGAGAGCAAGGCGGACCGCCAGGACUGGGAGGCCGAGGAGCCGCACGACACCAGCCUCGUCGACAGCAUCGACCACUUUGAGCGCGUCGCCGCCUCGUCUGACCUGCCCCGCUCACGAUGACCCGCACACGCUCGCUCUUCCGCCUGCUCCGCCACUGCACUGUCACGCUGCUAGACCAAUAGACACCCUGCUGCACUC